CUGUAUUAGUUCUAACUCUUCUCAGUCCAAACGUUUUUGUCACUCACUAUUGAAUAAUAAUUGCCUCAUAAGAGAGGAACUUCGUCACUAUAAAUAGAAAGUGUAUUUAUUCAUCAGUCAAUGAAGUUUAAACUACACUCGACAAUAUUUUUACUGAAUUCUGUUUCAGUAGCGAUUAGAUAAUUUUUUGUUCCUCUCCUCACCAAAAUCCGGCACUUUCCUCAUUUAGUUGCUUCGCUGUUUUGCUUCUUUGGACUUUGUGGUUUUAGUGGGGUACUUCUAUUAAUUUACAUUGAAUUGUGGUGCCUUUUGCACCUCGUGAAAUGUGUGAAUAGUUCGCUGUGAGAGACUCGCACCAACGUACCUCGUGUUCAUUGCAAUUUACGUAGAUAUCAGCCGAAAAAUUGCCUCAAAUAGUGGCUUUCCUUUCUCCCUCUCCCAUCAUUAUGUGACGCUCAUUAUGUAAAUCAGAGAAUUUUGUGUAGUAAAAAAUUAUUUAUUGCCUUUUUGUGAUGAAAACUAAUCAAGUUAGUCGAUUUCGGACAAUAUUGCCGCAAAUUCUGGCAUGUGUGGCAAAAAGUCUGAUCCUCAUGGACAUUGGGAUGUCCAUCGUCUUUCCCUCAAUAGUCAUUCCCAUCCUCCAGGGUACUGACCCAGAAAAACGAGGUAAAGAGAGCAUUCAAUUUACGGAUGUUCAGGCUUCCUGGUUUGGGAGUUUAGCCUUUGUGUGUCAGCCCAUUGGGUGCAUUGUUUCCGGAUGGGUGACUGAACGAAUUGGAAGGAAGAGGGCUAUGAUCUUCGUUAAUAUUCCUCACAUUGCGGCCUGGCUUAUGCUUCAUUUUGCCACAUCUGUAGCCGAAAUGUACACUGCAGCAGUGAUUCUUGGCCUGGGAGUAGGAUUCAUGGAGACACCUGUGAUCAGUUACAUCGGAGAAAUUUGUCAACCAUCUAUCCGAGGAAUUCUCACAGCAACAACAGGAGUAGCUGCUACUCUUGGCUAUUCCAUCGUCUACUUACUGGGUUCAGUAACAACCUGGCGCAAUGCAGCUCUUGUCUGCUUUGCAACUCCAAUCCUCACAAUCUUGGCCAUUCUCUUCCUCCCAGACUCUCCGAUAUGGCUGAUAUCCCGGCACAGAGAAGAAGAAGCUCUGCGAUCACUUCAAUGGCUGCGUGGUUGGGUUCCACGGCAAAAUGUCCAGGAGGAAUUUCAACAACUCAGAAACUUCCAUUCCACAAGAAAGGACGAGAAAAGGAAUUUUACGAAGGAUUUGUGGAGUAAAGGGACUCUAAAACCCUUCUUCAUCGUCACGAUGUACUUUGUUUUCACCCAAAUGAGCGGCUUGGCCGGAAUGCGUCCGUAUCUCGUGCAGAUCUUUCACACUUAUCAAGUUCCUGUGGAUCCCAAUUGGGCCACAUUCAUUGUGGGACUCUUAAAGCUAUCGGGAAAUGUUUUCUGCAUGAUUUCAGUAAAAUUUCUGGGCAAGAGAAAAAUAACACUAAUCUCUGCAUCUGGAGUAGCUCUAUCAUGUUUUUCCGUUGGCCUCUACGCCUAUCUCAACCUGCCACCUGGCCUUAGUUCCUUCGAUCAACAUCCACGAGUAGAGAAUCCUCAAGGGAUUUAUCCACUAAUUGGCUUCUUCGUCCUUUCUUUCCUUACAAGCUUCGGAAUAGCACCUCUACCAUGGGUUCUACUCAGUGAAAUCCUCCCAUUUCGCUCGCGUGGCCUCACAAGCGGAAUCUCAGCUGCCAUCAACUAUAUUUUAGUUUUCUUGGCCGCUAAGACCUACCUCAAUCUCGAACGAGGACUCUCACUGCACGGAGUCAUCUGGUUCUAUGCAUCCGUUGGCAUUGUUGCAGUAAUUUUUCAUUUCUUCCUUCUACCAGAAACAGAAGAUCGCUCCCUGGAGGAGAUUGAACAGCACUUCUCAACGCAAAAGAUCACAAAUCUUCACAUUAAAAAGCACAUAAAACAUUCCACGUGCAUGGAGAAAGACGAAUCCCUCCCUCUGGCCUGAAAUACAGCUGAAAAAGCCCUUGAAGAUCUCAAAAGCAAUGUAGGAAGAUCUGACACAAUUUUCUUCUCUUCCCACAAAAAAGACAAUAUUUAAAGUGAAUUACUUCCAAUUGGUAUUUGCCUCAGUCAUUUGCACUGCAAAGGAGUAUUUCACAACAUAUUCUGCAGAGCAGAGGUUGAACAUUUUCUGUCAAUCACCAUAGAGAGUUUUCUUAAGAUUGUAAACCAUUAAUCUUAUAGCAAAAAUCAUUGAAUUUAAUUUGCAACUUCUCAAGUAUGUAAUACAAAAGAAAAUAAAAAUUGUUCUUUGUAAGUUAUUCAUGCA